GCGAUUUAAACCGCGUGACCUAAUCAGAACACCUUCAUUGGCCCAUCGGGCUGCCAAUCCAGAGGUUCGGGGGCGUGUCCGCCGUCACUACCAGUCUUCCAGAGAACAACCAAAAGGAGAAAAGGAGAGCGACGAAAAUGUCUUCAGUGCCCGACGGAAAGAAGCUGGUCCGCAGCCCGAGCGGGCUCCGCAUGGUGGCCGAGAACGGAGCUUUCAACAGCCCCUUUUGCCUGGACGAACCCAGAUGGGUACCCGACAAAGAGUGUCAAAAAUGUAUGCAGUGUGAGACAAAGUUUCACUUCACCAAGCGCAAGCACCACUGCCGGCGCUGCGGCCGCUGCUUCUGCGACAAGUGCUGCAGCAAGAAGGUGGCACUGCCCCGCAUGAGCUUCGUGGACCCGGUCAGGCAGUGCUCCCAGUGCAGCCUCCUGUCUCAAAAGGAGAGUGACUUCUACGAGAAGCAGAUCAAAGUGCUUGUGGCAGGAAGUCCCUUCCUGGUCACUCUGGGAACGUCCGACAAGUGUGCGAGCAUGACCUCCCGCCUAUCCAACAACCACAGGUACCUGUUCCUGGACGGCGAAAACAACUUUGAGGUGGAGUUGGCUCGCAUCAUCAGCAUACAGGUCCUAACCGACGCGAGCAAUCCCACAGAGAAUGAGUCUGAUGCUGGCGACGGCCUGCUGGAUGCUGGCUGCGCCUGCGAAGGCACAUCUCCACGUGCAGUUGGCAUGCUGGUCAAGUACAAGCCGUCGGGCUCUCAGGAAGUGGAGCUGCUGCGUCUGGACGCCGCCCCUAGUGAAGAAGAAAAGAAGGCUGCCGAGUUGUGGCUGCUGGCUAUGCACAAGGCCGCCAAGCUGCUGUACGAGUCUCGGGAACACCAGUGAGUCUUCGUUCGGGGAUCGAACGUAGCCGGCGGAAACCGGGUCUCCAAAAGAACCUUUUUCUCCUGUUUUGAGAGUUGCCAUCUCUGGCGUCCUUUUUGUUCGCGUCGUCUUUACCUUUCCUACUUCUGACAUCGGUCAUCUUGUUUGUCUUAAAAAGCUCAGCAGGCGGGCCUUGACGUCGCUUUCUGGACUGAAAGCGUAUUUGUGUGGUCGAUUGGAAAAGCAUCAGGGGAAAUGUAUUACUGCAGAUGUUUGGAUGUGCAGUUUUGACUUUCCACAAUAUUGGUCUUCCUCACCUUUGCAUUUUGGAUCUCAGGGCUCUUAACCGUGCACCCUUACUUUGCAGUUUUGGAACAAAAAGUUGGUUUUCAGAGAGGGAUGAUGAUGGUUUUGUCAGGUUAGAACGUUACAAGGUUGACUGCUUCGGGGUUAGAUCCGGACAAGAAUGCUACAAUUGAACUCUUGGGGACGGGGCUUUCAGUUGACAGUGGCAAAUUAGCACUUGAAGGGUAACGCUUUGAAGAUAGAACAGUGGGACGGACAGGUGUGGGAAGGGGCAAGUAUUGUCCAGGGGCCCACAUACGGAUUGCUUCAAUCGUCAAUCCGGCUCGACAAGUCUUCUCCGUUAGUAUUUGUUGAGUUCAUUUGGCUCUUUUCCCUAACAUUGCAUAACUACGAAUACUGCAGGUCAAUUCCCAUUCCCCCCUGCCCCCAAGAUAUAAGCCCCCCCUUCCAUGGCAAAGUAAACAAUAUAAUUUCCUGAAAGUGGACCAGGAAAAGAGCGCCAGAUGGCUCCUCAUGCAACGCCCAAUUAGCAUGUGGAUCAUUUUCCCCACAACAGAUUUUUACAUUUUGAUGGUUUUGGCCAAUAGCCAAGGUCUGCUGUACGUUGAACAUUUUAAAAUGUAACAAAUAAUUGGGUCAUUUUUUUUUUUUUUUCCAAUUAAGUUAAUAAUUACUGCCAUUUUAUUGUUAAAAUAUUUUAUGUAUUGCGUUUUUGUCUGUCUACUCGUCUCUGACCAUUGUCCAAAUCAAAAAUUGUUUUGCCUUGCCCUGUUUCAAGUUGUGGCCUUGGAAAGGUUCAAUCCAAGUUUCGGCUUUUGGGGCCCUGAUCAUGGAAGUCGCAUCUAAGAAGUAAUUUUGAUGACAUCCUGGUGACGCAUACACUAAACACAUUCCUUUUUGGAUUCUCUUUUUGUAUGAAGAACGUCUGUGAAGAGCACAAAUCCAAGCAGAUGAAGGCCAACUCAUCACUUGAUGUACUCGAGUUUGGCUGACAUGUUAUUCAGCCUGUAACACCGCUGCUAAAAGUAUUUUUCUAUGCUCGUUGCCUCAAAGAACAGCUUCACUAAACAAAUGUGUGUAUGCAUGCGAGUGUGACUAUUGUUUGUGCGCACUUGAAAGGUGCUCAUUCGGUGGCUUUGUAUGCCAGCGCCGCAUUUACUGACAGCAAUUGGGAAUAAAGAGCAGUAUUUCCUA